CACCGCCGGGCUGAGGCUUGCGUCCGCCUCGCCACGCCUGCCGUCGGCCACAUGUCUGCAGGCCUCGGGCCGCCGCCGUCGUCGGCCGGGCUGGCAGCGCUCGUCUCGGCGUCGAGCUCGCGCGUGGCAGCCGCAUCCGCAGCGUCACCGCCGCCGGGUAGCCGCAGCACCCGCACAUCGAACGGCGCAAACGGCGGCGCGAGCGACCAUGCCAGCAGCAGCAGCCUCGGCGCAGCCGCUGCGCCGCGGAGAGAUGCGCGCUCGUCGCCGAAUCAUCCCGUCAACCUGCGGCGAGCGGCGCGUGCAGAGCUCGACUCGACGUACUCGAUCAAGAGCUACAUCGGCGCAGCCAACGCCCUACUCGAGAAGGCGCAGUCCGCAGAGGCGGGCAACAAUCUCGAGCAGGCCUUUGUCAACUAUCUGAAGAGCGCCAACGUCGCGACUUUCAUCCCGAAGCAUGCCGAGUGGCCGACUGUGCUAGCCACGCGGCCGCCAGUCUUCUACCGCUACCAGGACUUCAUGGGCCAAGUGCCCGACAUUAUCAAGCGCACCACGCGGCUUGAGGCUCAGCUGCAGGCGCGAGAGGAGGCGCGGGAAGAGGCGCGCUCGCACGCCCUUGCGCAGUCCGAGAGCGCGGCGAGCGACGGCAGCGCCACCCCUACUCGCUCCGAGCAGGCGCCUGGUGCGCCCGCAAUAGCGUCGCCUACCAAGGCAUCGCCCGGCCUGCGAUCGGACGAUCAGCUGCUGAGCUUGUCGGAGCGGCUGAGCAACUUGCGUGCGGCGUCUGGCGAGGGCAGUCCGCGGACAGACGGCGGGCUGGUCAAUGCGCGCAACCUCAGCAUGGCUGCCGGCUCAGAUCGGCAAGAUCUUGCCCGGCUCUCUUCGCGCGUGCCGACAGACGGCGAUGCUGCGUCUACACUGCCGCCGCCGCCGGACUCGCCAGCGCGCGCUCCGCCACCCCUGCCUGCGCUGGACACGCACUAUCCGGGCGCCGGCGCGAUGAGUCCGAGCCUGGAGAGCACCCACGACUGGGAGUACAAGACGCACAUCGUCUCGCCCUCCGAGUUCCACAGCCAGUAUCCUCCGCUGGAGCAGCUCGAGGCGAGCGCGCCGGCGCCGCGGUCACCGCCGGUCGCGCCUCCACGACCGCUCCCGCCGCCGCCGCCUCCGCCGCAGGGCGUCCCGUCGCCAGCCACGCAGCAUCUGGAGGGCCCGGCUGGCGAGCGAGGGUCGUUGGCCUUGUCCACGCAUGCCGCUGCCACCGAUGGGCCGGCGCUGCCUCGCACCAAUUCGGUCAGCGUGGAAGAGCUGUGGAUGCUGAUGAACCCCGGCUACGUGACGGUCUCCGACCCGGCUGCCGAGGGCGGGUCGCGCAUCGUGAAGCGCAGGGCACGCUCCAUUCUGCUCAUCGAUGUGCGCCAGGGCCGCCAGGCAUGGGAGGACUGCCACAUUGCGGGCGACAGCGUCGGGCUCGAUGCUGCGCGGCUUCGUGACGGGAUGCGCCCGGAGGAGAUCUCUGAGCUGCUCGCUGCGAGCGGGGCAUCGCCUGCCGAGUGCUCGAAUUUCGCUGCGCGUCACACGUACGACCUCGUCGUCGUGUACGACGCACAGUCGCGCACGCUCGCACCUCCACCGCCCGAGCUCGGCCAGCAGGUGCUCGAGGCACACCGCACGCUCGUGACCGUCUUCCGCGCCAUCUACGAACUGGAGUUCUCGCGGCCCCUGAGGCAUCAUCCGGUGCUGCUCAUCGGCGGCCUGCAGUCGUGGGCGCGCAAGGUGGGCGCUUCUGGGCUGGCCGGGCUGCGGCCUAUCCAGGCCAGCGCAGCCAUGUCACCAUCGCCUUCGCAGCAGCAGGAGGACGAGGCGAGGAGAGCCCGGCGGCAGGGCGUCGUGAUGGGCGCGGCCUACGACUCGGCCAUGCCUACGCCUCCGCCGCUCGCACGCGCCCCGCAGCCGCCGCAGAGCUAUGCUCCCCCUUCUCUGCCAGCACGAGCGUAUCAGUCCGCGUCGGGCAUGGGCAGCGGCGCCAUGGCCACGCCGCCCGCGGGUGCGCCUUCCUUUCCGCCCACGCCCAGCUCGGCGUCGUCGUCGCGCCGGCAGAGCGACUAUCUCUCUUCGCAGCCGUCGAUUCCCUUCUCCGGGCAGCCGCUGCAUCGCCCGGACGGCCCGAGUCACGGCUUCGAGUACCCGCAGCUGCGCGCAACAUCUGCCAGUGCAGCUCUCGCAAGCUCGCCGGCGCUCACACCGCCACCGAUGGCUGCGGCGUCCAACGGCGUCGCGUCGACACGCGCCGCCGCCCACUCGCACUCAUCCUCCCUCGGCGGCAUGGCGAUGCGCAACGGCACCGGCUCGCUCGACAUCGCUCGCCGCCCGCCCUCAUCCUUUGCCGCCGAUCCUAGCAACCGCAGCCUGAGCUACUCCGCGAGCACAGCGGCGCCAGAGAGCCGAGCAGGCGCGAACGAGAACGCGCGCAUCGGCCUGACGGGGCUGAAGAAUGUGGGCAACAGCUGCUAUAUGAACGCGACGCUGCAGUGUCUCAGUGCGACGGUGCCGUUGGCGCGCUUCAUGCUGGACGGGAGCUACAAGCGCGCCAUCAACCGCACGAACCCGCUCGGCACGCAAGGCGCUCUCGCCGAGGCGUUUGCGCAGCUUAUCCGCGUCAUGUGGUCCGAGCAGUUCACGUUUGUCUCGCCCGUCACGUUCCGCGAGGCCAUCACGCGCUUUGCGCCGGCGUUCCGCGGCUACGACCAGCACGACGCGCAGGAGUUCCUGGCAUUCCUGCUCGACGGCCUGCACGAGGAUCUCAACCACGUCGUGCACAAGCCGCCGCCCGUCGAGAUGACGCCGGCGCGCGAGCACGAGCUCGAGACGCUGUCGCAGCAGAUUGCGAGCGUCAAGGAGUGGAGCAUCUACCGCCAGCGCAACGACUCGCUCAUCGUCGACUGGUUCCAGGGGCAGUUCCGCAACAAGAUGAGCUGCCUGACGUGCGGCAAGACCUCCACGACGUACAACGCCUUCAUGUACCUCUCGCUGCCGAUUCCUGCGCACAACCGCGGCGCCAAGGUGACGCUGCAUCAGUGCCUGGACGCGUUCGUUCGCGAGGAGGUCAUGGACAAGGCCGACAUGUGGCACUGCCCCGCGUGCAAGAAGAUGCGCAAGGCCAGCAAGCGCCUCACCAUCUCUCGCCUGCCGCAGAUCCUGCUCGUGCACCUCAAGCGCUUCGCCUUUGCGCGCGGCACGGACAAGGUGCAGACGCUCGUCGACUUUCCGAUCAACGAGACGCUCGACUUGACCAACUACAUGCCGCCGCACCCGGGGAUCCUGCCGAAGGGCGUGCCCACGAGCCAGAGCCAGCAGCCGCCCUAUCUGUACCGCCUGCAGGGCGUCGUGCACCACUUUGGCAGUCUCAACACGGGCCACUACACGGCCUCGAUCCGCUCCGGCGGCGACUGGUACUACGCCGACGACAGCCGCGUCACGAAGCGGUCCGACCUGAAAGAGCUGCAGAACAGCAGCAGUCCGUACAUCCUCUACUUUGGGCGUAUCGCCGCCCGCUGAGCUCUGCCGUGUGUCUAUUUGCCGCUCACCUCGUCGGCUGUGUCCCUGCCGACAGACUGCGCCUCCGCCUCAUGUCACCCUUGCCCGCCGUGCGCCGUGCUGCGUCCGCUGCAUGCCCAUAUUUUCAUCAUGCCUUUUACGCAACAAUACAGUGUUCCGUCCAGA